GCCAUUGUGUGCGGAGCUCGGUGAGUGUUGGGGUCGAGGCAGUCGCCGCCGGAGAAGGAGAAACGAUGGCGGAGUAGAAACUAACAAUUUAAACGGACUAACGGCUGGUUUCUCCUCCAUCUUCUGCCCCUUUUUCGUCUUCCAUCUGACCGUCUAACAGCUCCCGUUCCCGGCCUCACCGACGACACCCAUGCAGCAGAGGAGACCCUGGAUGGGACUAGCUACAUGUGAUCCAUGUUGGGUAACGGGGUGAAGCGAAAACUGGACGAGGAUGAGGACGUCCUGGAGGAAGAGCGGCGUCCUCCCGCGGGCGGCGGAGUGUCGCCGGCGUCCUCCGGCCUGCAGCGGCAGACGGUGCUCAACAUGUCUCUGAUGAAGCUGUACGGCCCGCGGCCCGGCGCCGACCUCCGCCUGCAGCGCCGCGUCCUCAUCAACAACGUCAUCCGCCGCAUCCACCACGACUUCCGGCAGGAGGGCGGCGUCGGGGCGCUCUUCUUCUCUGCCGCUCCGGCAGCUGUCAGCGAGGACGAGAGCUUCCAGCAGCCUCCGCCUCCCCCCUCCUCCCCCCCCUCCUCCUCCUCCUCAUCCUCCUCCUUCAGCAUCCUGUCCUCCUCGCUGUCCGGACUGACGGACUCCUGCCUGACCCCCGCCUCGCUGCUGGAGGAGGACCUGCCCAUGUUCUUCACCCUGCCGCCCUCCUCCUCCUCCACCCAGCAGCUGAUCCACUCCCCCAGGCCGCCCCCGCCCGUCCCGUCCCCCAAAGACAGUUUCUCCUCUGCCCUGGAGGAGAUCGAGGAGCUCUGUCCUUCCUCCUCCUCAGAGCCGCCGUCCCCGCUUCCUGCUCGGGUUCUCUUUGACGUUGUCAUGAAGGAGGAGGGCCGGGGCCUUCAGGAGGUGGAGAGCAAACCUCCUCCUCUCCCUCCUCCUCCCUCCCAGUCCUCCUUCCUCACUGACUUCGCCCUGGACGACGUCCUCUUCACAGACAUUGACACGUCCAUGUAUGACCUCGGCCCCUGCCCCCCACCGUCGGGAGCGCCACCGUCCAAGAUGGCCUCCGCGCUGACGGCGGACGACCUGGUCCGCUCGAUGUCGGGGUACGGAGCGGCUGCCGGCGCCGCCCAGAACCAGCCGUUCAAAAUGGACCUGGCUGAGCUGGACCACAUCAUGGAGGUGCUGGUGGGCAGCUGAGGAGACCCUGUAACGCUCGGUUCGUUUUGUACAGUUUUAAAGACGGGCUUCACCCCCGGGUCAUCGGGAGGAUUACAGCAACUUCAAAAUAAGUUCUAAAACAGUCAACUAGGCUAAAGGCCUGGUCCAUAUUGGGUUUAGAGGCUCUGUGAUGUAGUGAGUGUGCAGAGCUACAGGUAGAAAAAGUCUUCCAGCUCUCUCUGUCCCAAACCAACAACCUCUACAUGAAAGAAGAGCGUCUGUUAUAAUAGCGUUGUUUUAUUUGAGCCUGAAUGCUGGCACUCUUGACUGCAUAACAAACAUGUUAGCUAAACUGCUAACAGCCAGAACACCCUCACAGUUAUUCAUACUCAUAAUGCUCUCCUACACCUUUUAUAUUCUGGAAGAGGACCUUUAAUAAGCUGGACAAAGGAAACAAGCUAAUAAGCUAUGAUAGAGUCCUCCAUGUGUGACAUCAGCUCUGCAUUUGGUGCAAAUAAUAAUGUCAGAAUUCAGUUUAACUUGCAGAAAUUGUGUGUGGAUUUACUGCAAAUGUCGAAGCUCUGGACCAGGCCUUUAAUGUGUGAGGCAGAUGACACCAAUCAGAUCCACAUUUUAGCCUACAAAGAUUCAUUAAUGUUUGUAAAACACACUCUGCAGCGUUAAUCCCUGAGUAAAGUGUUGGUAGCACUCUGAGCUCCACUCUGAGGAUCCACUGUGUGAACGCCCUCCUCACAAAGACACAAACAGAGCCUCGGUGUUUGUCUUCCAGCUCCGAUGACUCCGGCCUGAAGUCCCGUUUUCCUACCGCUGUCCGAGGAAUUGUAAAAAACUAAAAUUCUCCAGAGACUUUUUUUCUACCGUCGGUGCAUGUUUCCACAGAUGAGAUGAAGAACAAAUCUCAAAAAGCAUUUCUAAAAAAAAAACAAUCCAGUGCCUUUUUUCUCAAACCUCGAUCACGCCGUCACGUCUUGCUGUCGCUCGUCACGAAGCAAUACCAGUUCUUAAUUACCCAGAAUGCAUCCUGUGAUCCCACCUGCAGAGACACUUCUGUCCAGAAAGAGUGUGAAUCUCAACGUGUGUGAAUGUGGAGCGACUUCCUGUUGUUGUUUUUUUAAAUGGAAACAAACGUCUGCUGUUUUUAUGUAUUUUUUCACAAAUCCAAGAGAAAAAAAGCAGAAAAUACAUUUAAUUUAUUUGAGUUUUUAUUGGAUUUGACAACAAGAAAAAUAUAUAAAACAACCAAACUUUAAGUUUGUAGUUUUCACCUUAUUUGUUACACCUUUGUCCUGUCUAUCGCUCAUAAUAUCCGACAUACUUCCUGCCGACAGAUCCACUUUGUGUCUGAACAAUAAUCACUGCUGCUGCUGCUGCUGCUGCUGCUGUUGUUGUUGUUGUUGUUGUUGUUGUGAAGACUGUCUGGUUAAAAAACCUUUAUUUUUGGAAGGAAAACAUCUCAUUGGUUGAGUUAAAACCUAAGCUAAAUUAGCAUAAAUCAAGGAACUUAAUUAUAAAUAUUAUUAAAUAAAUGCUGAUAAUUGAAUUUUACUAACAACAUUUUUCCUGUUUUUCCCUUAAAUUCUCAAAUUUCAUCAAAGAUAAUUUCUUAUAAAUGUAUGACUUUAAAACCUCUAAGAACAUUUGAUUUUCUUGAGGUUUUUUUUCUAUAUUUAUCAUUUUAUUCCCACAAAAUAUCCAGGUUUUCUGUCGUACAUUUACCACUUUACUCUCGUAAAGUCUUAGUUUUUUAUCCGCUGUGUAACUUUUAGUUUUACCAACAACAGACCCCUGGUUUUGCCCUUCAAAGGUUGGGAAAAGAUAAUUUCCUCUUAAUGGAAUUAAUGCAUAAUGUAUCUUUGCAUUUCACUUGACUGACAUUGGAUGUGUUUAAGCUGAGAGCCAGACCAACAACGUUUCUGUUAGCAGACUAACCCAAUUUAGCUUAGCAUACAGAGCGCUAGCCUUUCAAAAGAAAACCUUCUUGUUGAAACUCGACCAAUGAAAGGAUUCCUUACUAAAAUACAAGUUUUAAAAGCUCAAUUUCAACCUGGAGUAACAAAAAACUAGAUAGAAAAAUAGAAAGUAUGUUUUGUAGUAAAACUGCAUCCCGGGGAUUUUACUCCACAGAGGUGAAGACGCAAGGUUUCACACGCAGACGUUCCCUUUAUCAGAAAUAACUCUAUGAAUUAUUUAUUAUCCCGCAGCUUUGUGUGUAUUUAUUGUAUCUCUGGACACUAAUAUUUGGUCUGUACAGAAAAAUAAAUAUGUAUUCUUUGUAAAGAUGGAUCCACCAAGGCCGACCUGUCGGUUCAGACGUCGUGUUUGGUGGAAGUCUAAGAAAUAUUCCGUCAUUUAAUAAAUGAUCGGAGGUUUUUUUAAUACUAUGUAAUGUAUUUUAGGAUUCAGCAAUGCAAACGCCCGCAAUUCAACCUAUGCCACAGUGUGUGUGUGUGUGUGUGUGUGUGUGUGUGUGUGUGUGUGUGUGUGUGUGUGUGAGUUGUACAUGGAUAAACUCUGGGCCAGUUAAAAAUGACUAAAUCUGAAUAGAAACUUUAGAUAUUACAGUUUUUGUCAGGAUUUAACUCGCUAACGUGGCCUGGAUCUAAAUAUGUAGAUUUCAAAUUGAUUUGGGGUAUUUUAUUUGUUGUACAUUUUUGAACCGCCUAUAUUUAAUAAUAAAUAGUGUAGACAAAAUCCAGACACUGAGAGUCCUUCAUGACAAAAAUGUCAAAAUUAAACAGCAUUAACAAGUCAAGGAACUCAAGUAUCAAUAUGAAUGAAAGUAAAAGUCAAAUGUGUUUUUUCAACAUUCCUCCAAUUUUCUUAUAAUUUUUUUAUUUUUGACAAGAUCAAUAAUUGUCUUUAGUUUUUAACUUCCUAUAUAAAGUCUAAAAUAAAUUCUGUAGCCAAAGUCCAGAUAUUUCACCCCUUAACGACAAAAAUAUCCUCGUUAAAAUACAAAGCAGCGUUACCUUUUAUUAAAUCAUGCUCUCAAUCCAAACCCCUUAUUUCAAAAAUAAUACUUUUUAAUAUGUUCUACCAGAUUGAGGAAUGUCAUUGCUUGCAAUACAUGAUUUUAAUCUUUGGUUAGUUAUUGCAAUGCUUUAAAAUCUAUGGUGCUAUUCUUUUAACAUAUCCCCCAAAAAAUUCCCCUGGCAUUUUGUGUGUUUUCCAUCAGGAAAAAAAAUGACGUAAACAAACCGGCAUUUAAAAUGUUCUUAACCUUAAUACAUAUCUGGUAGUUAUGAUCAGGCCUGGAGCUGUUGAAGAGAUUUAACUCUGUAAAGGUGGAACAUAAUGUCAAAAUGUGAGUUAAUUGAAUGAAAGUUAAACAGUGAAGUGUUGAAGGUGAACUGUGUCGCCCCCUGCUGGACAGAUGCUGUAACAGCAGGCAGGGCGUUACACAUCAUGUACAGGGUACUUAAGUGUACCUUGUGUAUUCUAAGUUUUAUAUUCAUAUAGUUUUACAGUUUCUACAGCUGAUAAAAGCUGUCAUACUUUGCUUUUUGUAUAUUUUACUUUAAAAUGACAUUUAAUUUAACAUCCAUUGUCUUUUUUUGGGAUCUUUCUGGAGUUGUUUCUCCACUAUUUACACUUUAUGUAAUUACUUUGGCAGCUGUGACACAUAAAAUCACUUAAAUUGGUUACAUAUUCACUUUAAGCAUCUAUGAAUGAAUGAUGUAUUUAAACUAAGAGACAGUGAUCCCUUUUUAGUGUAUACAUUAAUAAAAUAAUUACACUGUUUUAAUGACAAAUAAGUUAAAUGGUGCUGUGUGUUUUUAAAACCCUAUUCAUAAAGCAGUAUCGGCGUCCAACAUAUCUGAAAUCUGUGCCCUUCGGUUCCAAAUUUGAACAUAUUUAAUAUAAAAAUUGACAAAAUUUGACUGAAAUGCAGAUUUUAUUUAGAUUUGAUCCUUUUUAAAACUGGCUCAAUGUUGUUUAUCCUUACUCUUCUUGUCUGUUUCCAUCCAGAGAGUGAAAGCUUGGUUGUUGUCACCAAACCAAAGUUGUUGUGUUUUUUUGUUAUUAUUAUUUGUCUGUUGUUUGUAGCAGCUCUGUGGCUCCUGCAGGUUUGGACUGGACAUUAAAGGGAGGGUUGAAGUUAUUCUGGACAUGGAUCUGUGCCUUCUCUAUGCAAUACAACAUGUCUUCUCCUGACGACGAUUAUUAUUAUUAUUAUUAUUAUUAUUAUUUGAAUGUGAUGAGGAUUCAGCUCUGAGGGGGGGGGGGCACUUUAGUAAUUUUAUUUUAUACAUUAAAUGAAUUAUCUCA